CUCCCGCGCGCACCGGUCCCGGUGGGGCGGCAGGGCGGGUACGGCGGCCGGUGCGGGACAUGGCCCUGCCGGGGCUGCUGCUCGGGCUCGGCCCGGUGCUGCUCGGAGCCGCCGCCGCCUUCAACCUGGACCGCACCUUCCCCGUGCUCAAGGAGGGCCCCGGCGGAGCCCUGUUCGGCUUCUCGGUAGCGCUGCACCGGGAGACGGAGCGGCGGGAGCGGAGCCUGCUGCUGGUGGGGGCUCCCCAGGACGCGGAGCCGGUGAACGGGACACGGACGGGCGCCGUGUACGCCUGUCCCCUGAGUGCCACCACCCGCGACUGCCAGCGCCUGGCCAUCGAGCUCAAGGAUGAGCCGGACAAGGCCAUCAUCGAGGACAUGUGGCUGGGGGUGACAGUGGCCAGCCAGCGGCAGCCACCAGGGAGGGUCCUGGCCUGUGCCCACCGCUACACGCGGGUGCUGUGGUCGGGGGCGGAGGCUCAGCGCCGCAUGGUCGGGCGCUGCUACGUGCGUGGCAAUGACCUGCGCCUGGACCUGGGGGACGAGUGGCAGACGUACCACAACGAGAUGUGCAACGCCAACACCGACACCGACGAGACUGGCAUGUGCCAGAUGGGCACCAGCGCCGGCUUCAGCGCCAACAUCAUCUACUUCGGGGCGCCCGGCGCCUACAACUGGCAGGGCACCGAUUACAUGCUGCAGAGGGAGACCUGGGACCUGCACGACUUCUCCUACCCCAACAAGAGGAACGGCAACACCUACAUAGGGUACACGGCCGAGGUGGGCAGCGCGGUGCUGCAGCGGGACGCGGUGACGCUGGUGACGGGCGCGCCGCGGUACCGGCACACCGGCGCCGUGCUGCUGCUGAGCCGCGGCGCCCGGCAGACGCUGAACCGGAGCCUGCUGCUCCCCGGGCCGCAGGUGGGCUCCUACUUCGGCAGCGCCCUCGCCCUGGCUGACCUCAACAACGAUGGGUGGCAGGACCUGGUGGUGGGGGCCCCCUACUACUUCGAGCGGAAGCAGGAGGUGGGGGGCGCGGUGUUCGUGUACAUGAAUGAGGCUGGGGGCUUCCAGCAGCUCCCCAGCCUGGUCCUCACCGGGCCCAGCUACUCCGGCUUCGGCUUUGCCCUGGCCAGCAUCGGGGACAUCAACCAGGACGGGUUCCAGGAUAUUGCUGUGGGGGCUCCUUUCGAGGGGCCUGGCAAGGUCUACAUCUACCACAGCAGCGCCGAGGGGCUGCGGGACCGACCCCGGCAGGUGAUCAGCGGGGCAGAGCUGGGCCCCACCCAGAUAAAAACCUUCGGGUACUCGCUGAGCGGGGGGCUGGACAUGGACGGGAAUUCCUACCCAGACCUGCUGGUGGGCAGCCUGAGCGAGCGAGUGGUCCUGCUCAGAGCCCGUCCUGUCAUCAACAUCCUGGACAAGACCUUCACGGUGACCCCCAGCAAGGUGGACCCUGCCCAGUGCACGCCCAAGUCCUGCAUGACGGUGACACUGUGCUUCUCCUACAACCAGAGCGCGGGGGACCCCAGCUACAGCGAGAGGAUCACCCUGCAGUACACGCUGGAGGCUGACAAGGACCGGCACCCGCCCAGGGUCAGGUUCUCAGGGUCCCAAUCUGCCACCUACACCGGGGACUUCUCCAUGCCUGACACCCGCUGCCAGUCCCAGGAGCUCCUGCUGCUGGACAACGUCCGGGACAAGCUGCACCCCAUCGUGCUCUCCAUGAACUACUCCCUGCUGGAGAGGCCCAGAACCUUCCAGCUGGGCCCCCACUCCCUGGACGCCUUCCCCGUGCUCAACCAGGACCAGUCCCACGAGAACGAGACCAAGAUCGAGUUCCAGAAGGAAUGUGGCUCCGACAACCAGUGCUACAGCAACCUCCAGCUGCGGAGCAGCUUCGUCACCGAGCAGAACCAGCCUCUGCCCAGGGUGAACGGCAGCCAGGUGCUGCAGUACAGCCGGGACGUGCGCAAGCUGCACCUGAGCAUCAACAUCACCAACGUGCCCUCGGCGCCCUGGAACGGCGAGGACGCCCACGAGGCCCUGCUGAACGUCACCGUGCCCCCCAGCCUGCUGCCCUCCUCCGUCCGCCCGAGCGGAGCCUGCACCUUUGGGGAGACGGUGCUGUGCGAGCUGGGAAACCCCUUCAAGAGGAACCAGAGGGCAGAGCUGACCAUCACCUUCGAAGCCAUCGGGAUCAUGCUGGACACGCGGGAGGUGGAGGUGUGGCUGGACCUGUCCACGCAGAGCACCCAGGAGGAUCUGCAGCCCGUGCUGGCCAAGCUGCUGGUGGAUUACAGCAUCCAGUCCUCGCUGAGCAUAGCCUCCUCCCACAUCCAGUCCUACUUCAGCGGGACCGUGGUGGGCGAGUCGGCCAUGAAACAGGAGCAGGACGUGGGCAGCCCUCUCACCUUCGACUUCCAGGUGACCACCAAAGGCGAGUCCCUGGGCACGCUGGGCACCAUCCUGCUGGGGUUUGAGUGGCCCUACGAGAUCCCCAACGGCAAAUGGCUCCUCUACCCCACCGAGAUCCUGGUGAACGGCAACGACACGUGUCACCCCCCCGGGGGGCUCAUCAACCCCCUCAACCUCACCCUCCUGCAGGACCAGGCUCCAUCCCGGCGGAGGCGGGAGCUGGAGCCCCCCGAGCCGGGCGAGCCCCCGGUCACCUUGGCCACCGGCCGGCGCCCGAGGUCCGAGGCGGUGCUGAGCUGCUCGGCGGGCACGGCGCGCUGCGUGUGGUUCGAGUGUCCCCUGCUGCACACGCAGCUCCCCUCCAGCUUCAGCCUCCGCGCCCGCGUCUGGAACAGCACCUUCAUCGAGGAGUUCCGGGACUUUGACCGUGUGAAGGUGGCGGGCACGGCCACGCUGUUCCUGCGCUCGCAGGUGCCCACCAUCACCAUGAGGAACCACACGGUGCGGUUCUCCGUGGACGUGGACUCGGAGCUGCAGGAGGAGCAGCCGGCCGAGAUCGCGCUCUGGCUGGUGCUGGUGUCGGUGGCAGCCGGGCUGCUGCUGCUGGGGCUCAUCAUCCUCCUCCUCUGGAAGUGUGACUUCUUCCAGCGGACCCGCUACUACCGGAUCAUGCCCAAGUACCACGCGGUGCGGAUCCGGCAGGAGCAGCGCUACCAGCCCGGGGGGCUCCUGCCCCGCCGCCGCCGCAAGAAGCUCUGGGUGACCAAGUGGCAGGAGCCGGACAAGUACUACUGACCCCCUGCCCCCGCCCGGGCCCCUGCCAGGGGGGCUCUGACUUUGCACAAGCGCAUCUCUCCCUGCCCCUGCCCCUCGGACGCGGCCGCCGCCGGCCUUGGCUCCCGCAGCCCCUCCCGGUUCUCCCUGGGGGUCCCGCAGCCCGUCCCGGUUCUCCCGGGGGGUCCCGCAGCCCCUCCCGGUUCUCCCGGGGGGCUCCCGCAGCCCCUCCCGGUUCGCCCGAGGGGUCCCGCAGCCCCUCCCGGUUCUCCCGGGGGGCUCCCGCAGCCCGUCCCGGCUCUCCCGGGGGCUUCCGCAGCCCGUCCCGGCUCUCCCGGGGGGCUCCCGCAGCCCCUCCCAGUUCUCCCGGGGGCUCCCGCAGCCCGGCCCGGUUCUCCCGGGGGGCUCCCGCAGCCCCUCCCGGUUCUCCCGGGGGGCUCUUGCACGCUCGUGCCUUGCAGGCUUGUGGGGGCGACCCCCCAGAUGUGCCCCCCUCCCGCUCCCCGAAGUGCUGCUGGCCUCACCGAGUGCCUUCCCCCCCCUCUCCGCGCAGACACUCCGCUCGCCACCUCCAUGUCGCUGUCCUUUGUCCCUGUCCCUUGUCCCCAGCCACCCUGGGACACGUCCCGGCCCCUGGGGACACGUCCCUGCAGGCCGGGACACGCUCGCCCCCCUCCCCUCGGCAAUGGGUGCGGGACCCCUCUGCUUUCCUCCGGGGGAGGGGGGCUGGGGUAGCUCGUUCCCUCCUGCACCCCCUCCCCACCCCAAACCCCGCGGGGGUCUCCUCCUCCUCACCGCAGACCCCAUGGGGGUCUCCCCUCCCGACCCCAGACCCUCCUGCUGUUCUCGCAGCUUUGCCCUGGGUGGGUGGGGGGGUGCAGCGCUUCAAGCCGUGUCCCCCCCAUCCCAUCCCCGCCCCGGGGGUCCCUGUCCCGCCCCGCGGGGUUAAAUUAUUCCGUGUUUCGGUGUUUCGGUGUCGAGUCCCGGCGUCCGGUCGGUACCGGGGGCGGCUGGGGAGGGGGUCCCGCACCCCCAGCCCCCACCCGGCCCCCAAACCCCCCCCUCCUUCCUCGCCGGGGCCCAAUAAAGCCUCGCUCUGGGAUUUGUAA